AUGCGUUGCCUGAACUGCGGGUUACGCGUUCAACGAAUACAGAGGCAUGUGGUUACAACUCUGCCUCAAGAGUUGCUAAUAAUCUUAUCUAUUUGGCUGAGAAUUGAAUAUCUUCCUAUGGAGGAUGUGUUGUGUCAUGCUUGUUAUGUAUUGAUACAAAAUGCUGAUGUAAAUACACCUAGGACAUUAGGUCAUACAAAUGUCUGUGCUGGUUGUGGCUGUUCUUUGAAUGAAGCUAGACUUCACUUUCUUGAAGAAAAUGGACCACUUUAUGAAUAUUUUUCGUGGAUUAGAUCAAUACAGAAUGGAAGAGAUAGCUAUGCAGUUUGUCAUAAUUGUUGGCGGCGAGCUAGCCGACAAGCUGCACAAGAUUCUCAACGUGAAAUGGCUAUACCACAAGCUGAAAUUUGGGCAUUGCAUGGCAUUGCUGACUUUCAGCUCCAUACUAAUAUGGGCAUGGUACUUUGA